AUGAUACUACGUGAUGCUAAAGAACACUUGAUUAAAGCGCAGAUAAAUCACAAAGAAAGCACAUCACAGAAACAUUUCAGAGAGUUGCAGUUUGUCGUUGGCUAUCUUGUGUUUCUAAAGCUCCUGCCUUAUAGGCAAACGUCCUUGAGUAAAGCCUUUUUCCAGAAACUUGAACCAAAAUUUUAUGGGCCAUUUAACGUUUUGGAACGCGUGGGUCAAGCUGUUUACAAACUGGAAUUGCCAAGUUACUCGAAGAUCCACCCGGUGUUCCAUGUUUCCCAAUUAAACCCCGUUUUAGGUCGUGGUCACAAGGUGAAAACCUUACCGGUUUUAUUGGAGGAGAGCGAAGAAUUUAUCCUACAGCCAGAACACUUACAGGGUACUCGAUACGACGCUGAAGGUCAUCUUGAGGCUCUAGUGUGGAAGGGUUUACUGGUUCAUGAGAGCUCAUGGAUUCGAGUGAAGGAUAUUGCACGUAAGUUUCCCACCUUUAAGCUUGGGGACAAGCUCAAUAUCACCAAGGGGAUAUUGAUAAGAGCUGGAGAUGCUAUUAUCGGAAGAGACUCUGAGAUAAUAAGAAGGGAGAUAAGCAGUUGGAGGAGGAGAUAA